CCCGCGGUGCCUCCGCAGACCCAGCUGGGGUACGAGCUCGAGGACGUGCACCUCAUCGGCCACAGCCUGGGCGCGCAUGCGGCCGCGGAGGCGGGCAGGAGGCUGGGGGGCCGCGUGGGCAGGAUCACAGGGCUGGACCCAGCAGAACCCUGCUUCCAGGGCACACCUGAGGAGGUUCGUCUGGACCCAUCUGAUGCCCUGUUUGUGGAUGUGAUUCACACAGAUGCUGCUCCCAUAAUCCCUUACCUAGGUUUUGGAAUGAGCCAAAAAGUGGGCCACCUGGACUUCUUUCCAAAUGGAGGAAAGGAAAUGCCUGGAUGUACAAAAAAUAUCCUUUCGACCAUCAUUGAUAUAAAUGGAAUAUGGGAAGGAACCCGCAACUUUGCGGCUUGCAAUCACCUAAGAAGCUACAAGUAUUACUCAAGCAGUAUCCUCAACCCCGACGGCUUCCUGGGCUACCCAUGCGCCUCCUACGACGAGUUUCAGGAGAAUAGCUGUUUCCCCUGCCCAGCUGAAGGAUGCCCCAAAAUGGGGCACUAUGCUGACCAAUUUAAGGGGAAAACCGAUGCUGUGGAACAGACCUUUUACCUGAACACAGGAGACAGUGGUAACUUCACCCGUUGGAGAUAUAAAGUCUCGAUCACACUGUCUGGGGAAAAAAAAGUGACUGGUUACAUCAGGAUUGCUUUGUAUGGAAGUAAUGGAAACUCAAAGCAAUAUGAGAUUUUCAAAGGAUCCCUCAAACCAGAAGAAAGUCAUGUGAGUGAGAUUGACGUGGAACUCAAUGUUGGAAAAAUCCAGAAGGUUAAAUUCCUCUGGAACAACAAUGUGAUAAAUCUCUUCAAGCCUAAACUGGGGGCUUCCCAAAUCACAGUGCAAACUGGUGAAGAUGGGACUGAGUAUAAUUUUUGUAGCAGCGAAACUGUGCAAGAAGACGUUUUACAAACUCUUUCCCCCUGUUAGAAAUGCACUGCUGCUCUUAAUCUUGGUGGUAAUAAAAGUUUUAAUGCACUUGA